AUACUUAACGUACCGAUCUGCGCUGCAUGCAUGACUCGACUAUCGACAUGUCUAGCCUACAGCUAGCCUGCAACUCAGCUCAAGACGUGCUACUCACUGCAAGAAGCACAGGGCUGCAGCUCAUGAAUGUGUAGGGCCUACAUGUACGUGGGCUGGCCGUGUCCUUCCUCCAUCAUGUCUGUGAUCGUACGUGUUGUGAUUAAGAAUCAGAAGUACGGUGUAAAAUCCAAACUGUCAAACUUUACCUAGACUAGAGCAAGAAAAUACCUAUUACUAGUAUUAGACGGAGUCCAUUUCAUGUGCAACGCACCCUCCACAGCUCCACAUUCACAACCACCACAGCUUUAAAAUGGGCCUUUUUGCUUUUUUGAAGUCCAAACUUGGCAACAGUCCAAGCCGUAAGUUACGCAUUCUGCUGCUUGGGCUGGAUAAUGCCGGCAAGACAACCCUCUUACGGGGGGUAGCCAAGGAGGACAUCAGCCAUACCACGCCCACGCUAGGGUUCAACAUUAAAACCAUCUCAUCACAGGGUGUGCAGCUCAAUGUGUGGGAUAUUGGAGGUCAAAAAACAAUACGUCCUUACUGGAAACAGUACUUUGAGAAAACAGAUGUUCUCAUCUACGUGAUAGACAGUGCAGACAGCACUCGACUUGAAGAAACUGGAGAGGAACUCAGCCGGCUUCUGGAGGAGGAGAAGUUGUCUGGGAUUCCACUGCUGGUCUUUGCCAACAAGCAAGACCUCAUCAGUGCCGCGACAGCCGCCGAUAUCGCAGAGGGCUUAAAUCUACACACCAUCAGGGACCGCUCCUGGCAAAUCAGUGCCUGCUCUGCAAUGACCGGAGAGGGUGUAGAGGAGGGAAUGGAUUGGGUUGUUCAGAAUGCCAAGUCCAGAUAGCACACCACACACGCAUCCUCACUGGAGGCACCAUCCCUUCAAAUUGAGACCUGAAAUUGACAGCCAGUCCUUGCUAACAGUCUGCCUGCACCUUUCUCCUGGGGAAAAUCUGUCUGAUAUAGCCCAGAAUUCUUCCCCGGAGUGCUGCUAGGGGAGAGAUUGACCAAUAAACACAGAUGUUGAAGAUGAUGCAACAGCGAGGUCCAGGAGUUUGCAGUAAUGGGAAUAUGUUCCAUUUCAAGCAUUCCAUGUUGACAGCAGUAGGCAAGUCCAAUCAAGGACCAUAGUUAACCAUGGCUAAACAAAGUCUGAUCAAACACAUACUAGUCGAUGAUGAUUGAACUUGUGUAAUUGUCUCUUCACAGCCAGUCUACCAAGGUUGGUCCCGUUGUUAGUUGCCGCACCUGUUUUAAUAGCACAGUGCAGAGGGGGCAAGUGAUAAGAAAAAAGGCAGAAAAACUAAAUCUAAGUAUGCCACUAGUAAAUUUAGAGGAUCCCUUUUCUGGUUUUAUUUUGCCACAUCCUAUGGCUAGUUUUUUUCUCCCCAUGGGCCUGAAUGGCCUGACAACGGUUGACAAGAGUUGUUUGCACUGCAACUUCAUUGCACGUUCUUCAUCAACCAUCCACUAGCUAAGUACUGGUCCUCGAUGGAACUUGCCUAGUGUGGUUGAAGUUGGGUCUUGUAUCUUGUAUGGUAAAGGAAGAUAGUAGACUUGAAGUCAGUGAAAAUUAAAAAUGAAGAAAAAACAAGUUAAAGAGCCCAUGCAGUGUUAUUUUAAUCCCCUUGGGAGCAUUCUGGUGCCUUUUUGGCUUCAUGUCAGUGCAUAUCAACAGAUUUGUGUAUUCAUAAGAACAAAUGAUACCGCUUCAGAAAGAAACUUCAGUGGCAACAUUUCAGAGAAUUUGAAAAUCUUUUGUUGUUGAUAAGUACAUAACAGUUGGUAAGCGAGCAAAGUUUCCUCACAAAUAUUUCCGGUGAGCUAAUUUGGGCUUCGCAGUCAAUACAUAGACACAGAAAAUGUGUAAAAUGAACACGAUUUCUGAAAGCACAGCAGUGGCAAUGCUGUCACAUAAUUCAUUUGUUCCCUACGUCUCUUGCUUGAAAUGGGGUUCUCAUUGCCUGCACCCUCGCAGUGACAUCUAAGCUCAAAUUUCAUGUUAAGUACAUAUAACCAAUCUGCAGGCAAAAUGUUCCUCCAUCUAACUGCAAUUCAGAGAUAUUAUGGCAGAAUUGAAUCAGAAUGACACUUGUGGGAAAGGGCAGUUAUUGUGAUAACCUUUCAAGUUGGUAUUUUCAUUUUCAUGAGUGAGGAUAAAUUGUUGGUGCUAAAGACAAAAUAUUCACUAAGACAGUGGUCUCAGCAUGUGUUUUCAAUGGUAAAUAGUUCACAUUUUUGCUACUAAAAUUGAAAGUGGCUAUAAAAUAUUCUUAAUCAGGCUCUGAUAUUUUCCCUAAAAUCCUGGAUGUGUUGGGUUUUUUUUAUACUUUGUGGCCAAAAAAUCACAUCAGAAUGCAUCAAAGUACAAACCUGUAAGUUAAUAUAACAAUAACCUCUUGGGUAAUUUCUUGAAAGAAUGUUUUUCUUGACUUAUUUGGUUCAAUUGGAAAAUAAAUUUGCACGUUUUUUUUUUCGUUGGAAAAUAUUAACGUCUCCUUGAGCCCAACCCCUCAGUGUGUUGCAGGUACUUUGCUUGCUUGGUGUAGCCAAAUCCACUGAUGAGAAAACUGCUUAAGCCAAUAGAAGCUAACAACCUGAAAUACAAGUGUUUUUUUUAACUUCUGAGUUCAAAAACAUUGGACAGGCGUUGUUCACUGUUGGAAACUGUGCAGCUCUGAAGUGUGAGGAUUACAACAGAACUUGAUACAUGUACAUUUAUAUUUAUAACUGAAGUGUUAUUGUUAGCAUUUUCUUGUGUAGCAAGUAAAUUGCCUCAGGAAGAUGAUUCAUACUAAAAUCUACAGAAAUGUAUUUCAUUUUGAUGUGUUUCAACAUCAAUCUGAUAAUGUGGUUGUCUAAUUUUGAAACAAAUCCUGAUGCACUCUGUGCAUAUUGGAUACUGUACAAACACAUACAGAAUGUGUUUUCAAGAAUGGAAACCAAAUAUGUUAAGUUGAUUUUAUUAAUUGAGAGGUUCUUGAACUGAUAGUAUCUGGUUUUAUCACAGAAUUAAGGAUUGUUGGAUGUUUUUAAAUGUAAAGUUGUGUUUAACUUUGAGACAAGCCCUCCAUAGAUCACAUGUAACCUUUUCCAUAAUGACAUGAUAUUUCUGAAAGUUGCUGGGAAGGGCAAACCGGUCAUGGAUCAAGGGGGAGGGGACUCCGCCUCCCUCCCCUGCUCUGACAUUCAUGUAAUAUUGAUUACAGUUAUAAUUUCUACAAAGAUGACAUCCUUUAACUUUUUAUACAUCCUUAACAGGGUAAUGUAUUGCCUGCCCACCUGUUCAAAGUAAUCCGACAUAGAAAACAAAAUCUGGUGGGCCUGACCCCAAAUCUUCCCCCACUGCCACAAAAUCCUGGGGCGCAAGUAUGUAUGUGUAGCUCCCAGUUUGUGGGUGGGAAUCUGAUAGUAAAGAGUGGGAGGCGAAUUCAUGAUAUUCACGAGAAGGGAUGUGCAUGUGGGCGAUAGAACAAAUAGCAUGCAUAUUGUCUUUGUGUGCAUGCACAAUACAUUAAUGGCCUGAAAAAGUCUUGAAUACUCUUGCCACUUUAGAUCAAAUGUACUAAUUGGAUAUUUAAAAAAAAUCGGGUGAGAUCUAUAAAGUGUGCUGUGUUGUGCCUGCCGUGUAUGCAUGUGUAUUUACGUCACUAUCUAACAUUAAGCCAAAUGCAGGUUUUUCUCAGUUUACUAACUUUCUGCCUGACCUUGAAUUUGAAAGUACUAGACAUGGUCUGGGACUUAUUUGUGCAGCUGAAUUUUGGUCUCUAAAGAUAUUCAGCAAUAAAACAAAGUGAAUACACCUCUG